AUGAAUCAAUAUUUGAAUUACUACAAAAUGAGGCUGAGAGCAUCGAGGUUAGGUUAUCUGUUACUCCAGUUCACCGCGCUUUGCUUUUACGCACAGAACACAGUGCAGUCUCCCCCUAAUUUCAAGCACCAUGUCACCGAGCAGAGUCGUCUGUCUGACCGGACCAGUCGUCGAUUGACUCGGACCUACCAACUGUACAGCCGGACCAGCGGGAAACACGUCCAGGUGCUGUCCAACAAGAGGAUCAACGCCAAUGGGGAAGACGGAGCGGCGAACGCUAAACUCGAGGUGGAGACAGACUCUUUUGGGAGUCGUGUGCGGAUCAGAGGGGUGAAGAGCGGAUACUACAUAUGCAUGAAUAAGAGAGGAAAGCUGAUUGGAAAGAAAAAGGGAAGAGGCAAAGAUUGUAUCUUUACUGAGAUCGUUCUGGAAAAUAACUACACGGCACUGCAGAACGCCAAAUACGAGGGCUGGUACAUGGCUUUCACACGCAAGGGCCGUCCAAGGAAGGCCUCAAAGACCAAGCAGCACCAGAGAGAGGCCCACUUCAUGAAGCGGCUACCUAGAGGGCAUUUGCUGAGUGAGAGAAGACCGUUUGAUGUUUUGCCUCUCUCUGUUCUACCUUUAAGCAAACGGACUAAACAUUCCCAUCAGCAUCGCUCAGUGGGCCGUUGA